AUGCGCCUUGAAGCAAUGUUGUAAACCAGACACUAGACAGGCUUCCCGUACCCACGUGUCAUAUUGUGUCAAACCAUAUGAUCCAUAUGAUGUUAUUGUUUUGAAUUAACAAAAACAAUAACAAUAAAAUAUUCCGGAUCUACAUAUUGAAGCUCACCAGCUCCAAACUCUUCUUUAACAAAUGUUUCGUUGUUAAUUAAAUUAAUAACAAAAUGAGCACUGCAAAAAAGUUUGAUCAACAAUCAUUUUUUCAAGAAAUAUAUUCUGACAGUAAACAAGAAAAUGUUAUAUUUAAAUCAGACAAAAAAAUAAUAUCUGAAUCAUCACACACAUCAAUAUGGAAUACUCUGGCUUCCAUCCACAAUAUCAAAUCAACACUCAAAGAAAUAUUUUUACCUGAAGGAUUUCCACACAGUGUUCAUCCUGACUAUGUUGCCUAUCAAAUAUGGGACACAGUUCAGGCAUUUGCAAGUACAAUACUUGGAAAUUUAACGACUUAUUCAAUACUGGAAAGUGUUGGUGUUGGUAACACAAAUAAAACUCCACUAGCAGCAACAAUAGCAUGGAUAUUAAAAGAUGGUACUGGAAUGAUUGGACGUAUUGUAUUUUCUUGGCAAACUGGUACUCAACUUGAUUCACAAUGCAAAAAAUGGAGACUAUUUGCUGAUGUAUUAAAUGAUCUUGCAAUGGGACUUGAAUUAAUGUUACUUUAUUAUGCUACAUCUUAUACAACAAUUAUACUUUGUCUAUCAACAAGUAUGAAAGCAGUUGUGUCUGUAGCUGGUGGAGCUACACGAGCUGCUCUUACUCAACAUCAGGCUCUUAAUAAUAAUAUUUGCGAUGUCUCAGCAAAAGAUGGAAGCCAAGAAACACUUGUCAACUUGGUUGCUUCAACUUUUGGUAUUUUCCUACUUUCUGUGGUUCCUUCAACGUACUUUAUGUUUUUGUACAUUUUGUUUGUUACUUUACAUAUCUAUGCAAAUUAUUCAGCUAUUAGAGCGUUGAGAUUGAGCUCAUUGAAUGAAGAUCGUCUUGCAUUGAUACUUGAUCGUUAUAUUGAUGAAUCACACUUAGCUAGUGUUGACGAAGUUAAUCAAAAAGAAUCUCUAUUUUUUGGUGGACAAUUAACAAAACAAAUGUGUGGAUUCGAAAUUUCAAUUGGAGCAUCUUUAGCAAGUAUUUUUAAAAAUAAAAAAAGCAAUCAUUUGGAAAGUGAAUAUUUUGAAGAGAUUGUUUAUCGUUUUCGUGAUGAAAAAUAUUUAAUUUAUCCAGUUAUUGAAGAUAAAAAAAUUUAUAUUGCUCUGAGGAAGGAUGCUCAAUAUUUGGAUAUUUUAAAGGCAUUUUUUACUUCGUAUUAUUAUGGAUUGAUAAUAAGUGCACAAUUGGGAAAUGAGAAAAUGAUUUAUAAGUUAAUUGUCAAUAAACUUGGCCCUCGUACGAUUACAUAUAAUCAGAUGUAUGAUAAAAAAUACUGGGCAGCUGGUAACAAAAAUAAUUUGGCAUUGCAGACAAUGAAGCAUUUUGAUAGUAUAAUAAAUAAAGACUUUGAGUCGUGGUAUGAAUUGUUACAAAAAAGUGAUUGGAAACAUGAAGUUAAUCAUUUACCUGUUGCUGGCUGGAAAGCCAACUGGCAAACUUGAAAUUGCUUGAAAUAUUCGAAAUCCAAAUGUUGGCUUGAACCUGAGUGUAUUCAUAUCCACAAAAAAAAAAAUAUAAACAUAAACAAAGGACCAUGUUUUUAAUUUUUUAAAUGAGUAAAUCAACAAUCAAUGAGCAAAUGAUUGAAUGAAUGAUUAAUAUCAGUUGAAAAAAUAUAUUAAAGAAUUUAACAUACGAAAAUUAAUUAAUUUUUUUGCGUAUGUUUCAAUUAAUUUUUGGGGAAUUACUUUUUUAGAUUUUUUAGUUUUGUUGAAAUUUUAUGAAGGCGUAUUUCCAAUUUUCAUAUAUAGGUCACUUGACCAUCAACAUGAUUCUAUAAAUAAAUGUUUAACAUCACUUUAUGGCUGAUGUGGGGGAUGCUUAUCUCUAUUUGAUUUUAUGUCAUUCUCUAAUCUCUUUCUCUCUUUAUAAAUAUUUCUUUCUUUAUAAAUAUAUCAUUGUAAAAUAUUUAAGUGAUAAACGUUUGGAUAACCCAGUGAUUGUUUAUGAGGUUAUAAGAAUAAUUUCUUUUUAUAAAUUGUUUUAAGUUAAUAAACAAAAAAAAAUCAUCAUGGAUAUAAAAUUAAAACUGGAAUUAAAUUUACAACAAAUGGCAUUAAUUCGAGUAGCUGCAAAUAUAUGGCUAAGUCGACCAAUGAUUGCUAAAUCAAGUGAUUUUGUUGGGUUUGAUUACAUGAAAUUAGGGUCUACCUUUGAUGAUAAAAUCAAGCCAAAAUUUAGAGAAUCGCUUAUUGAUAUAUUUGAACAAGUUGAUUCAAUGAAACUACCUGUUGCAAUAAAGAAAAAUUUACUGCAAAUUAUGAAACCAG